UGCCAUGCUGUCCACUCUCUCACCUUCCCACCCUUUCCUCGGGAACCCCUUCUCCUCCUUUGACGGCGGCCCAGCGCCGUGGGAGUUCCCGGACCUUAUCUCUGUCUUCGAUCCCAUCGACCCCGUCACUAAUUCAAGUUCCGGCUCAGACGAACCGGAUCAAACCCAUGCCAAGAGAAAAUCCCCCUCCUCUGAUGAUCAACAGGACCCUCCAGAUUCCGUCACGGAGGACCGAAAGCGGAGACGGAUGAUAUCGAACCGGGAGUCGGCAAGACGUUCGCGCAUGCGUAAACAGAGGCAUCUAGAGAACUUACGGAACCAGCUGAACCGGUUUAGGGUGGAAAACCGGGACCUGAACAACCGGAUGCAGUUCUUGCUUCACCUCACGAACCGCGUACGAACCGAAAACGAAUGGCUCCGGUCCGAGCGAAUCAUGCUCCGGCAAAAACUGUCGACCCUAACUCAGUACUUGAUGUUCCAACGACUGCAACCCGUCUCAUCAUCUGCAUGGCCAUGCAAUACCAGCGUCACGGACAGAAUAAACUUUGACCGUAUAUUAUGAGUAACCAAGUAAAUAAAGCCAUAAUUAAUCGGCCUCGAUUAAUUGCACGCCAGCAACUGAAUUGCUCCUGGUGAAACCAAAAUUGCUAAAGAAUUAGAUGGUGUGGGUCUUUUAAUUUUCCCCUUGGGAAAAGAGUUGUGGUUUUGGAAAAUAUUGGGUGUUUUCAAAACCCGUUAUAAAUAUAUAUAUUAUUAUUAUUUUGUAAAGUAGUAGUACUGUAGAGCUAGCCUCCAGCGGGUGCUUUAAUUAUUCAAGUAUAUAUAUAACUUCGUUACUGUUAUUGUUCUC